AUGCAGCACGACGAUAAUAAAUUGGGGGUAGAGGCGAAAGAACUAGAUAGGGUGACUUCAAGCAACUACGGUGAGUAUGACGAAGACACCUUUGAGUGGGCCAUGAAGCGUCGCUCAGAAGUCAUCCUACGUACCCAAGCAAACGUUUUACAGAAAGUAAAGCUUGAAGAACAGCAGAAUGAUGUCUACGCUCGACAUGAAGCAGUAGAAACAAGCAUGAGAGACGCAGAGCAUACGCUAUGGGUCUUGCUGGACGAACUGCUCGUAAAGAUAGGCGUUCUGCCUGGAAUCGACGACGCCGACAAGAAUCCGCGGGUCCAAAUCCUAAGCGCAAAAGAACCCGUGGACGGUUCUAGCUUGAAUUGGUCCGAGAAUAAUUGGAACGAUGAGAUACCCGGGGAGUGGAAACCCGCGCCAAUUGUGGACAAAGGUAGUGAAGUAUUUGGAGCUCUGGGAGAAGAAGAGCCAGAGAGUACUUGGAAUAAUGCAUGGGAGGACUAUCCUCGCAACGACCACCUGCUGGCAUUACAGGAUGUGCUCUACCAAACGGCGGACGAGGCAAUACGCGUUGAGCGGGAGUUUAACAAUGUUCGUGAGCAGUACGACCAGGAAUUGAAGACUUACAUGUUUCACCAGAGAGGGAAACGUGGCAACGCAAGUGCGGAGUGCGCUCUCUCUGAUGCAAAUCGGCAUGAUCGCGAGGUUCGAAAAAGGCCAUACAAACCGGAGCUGGGCCCUCCGGGUCAGACCGAGGCAAUCGAGCCACAAACUUUUGGAAAGAGGAUAUCCUCCCGUAAGCGGCGCUGGAUCGACGAAUGGCUUGAAGAUGUGUAUAUGAAUCCGGGUGACGAGGAUCGCCAAAAUCCUGGAGAAGAACCGGGUCAGCCCUUUACGGUUGCUACGGAUGAGGCGAGUAGAUCACUGCGCUCCGAGGAUGUUCCAAUGGCUACGGGUAGCCGACGUCGAAGAAUCGACAGACAUCUGCAUCUUGAGUGGGCACGGAAGGUUGGUGAACGGAUAUUAGAUGAACAAAGUGGUUAA